UGAAUGAAUAUUAUUAUACCAACGGAAUUUAUCUGAAAAAAGUAUAAUGAACUUAUUAUUAAUCAUAAAUAAUUCAAACAAACCCCCAAUAAUUCUAUUCCGUUGAUUCAAUUAACUAUAAAAACAUUUCUGAAAAUGUUUAUUUGUUAGUUUUUCUUUUUUUUUCUUUUUUUCUCUUUUUUUUGUUAUUUAAAAAAGAGAUUGCAUUAUCAUUAUUAUCAUAAUGAAUAAAUUAUUAUUAUUAUUAUUACUAUUAUAUUUCACCUUAUGUAAUCUUUUGACCAUGGUGUAUAGUGGAUAUGGAUAUCAACGUGGACCAAGUUAUAUAAAUCCUGAUUAUCAACAAUCUUAUCAAAAUAAUAAAUAUAAUGGUGAUGACUAUACUAAAAAAUAUAUAAGUAAUGAUUAUGAUUCGACUAUAAAUAAUCAAUAUGGUAAUAAAUAUGGUAAUGAUCAUGUUAAAAUUCAAAAGAAGAAUAAUUAUGACAGUUCCAAUUAUCAACCAACGUCUUAUAAUGGGGAUAAUUACAAUAAUAAUAAUAAUAAUAAUAAUAAUAAUAAUAACGAUUAUAAGAAUAACGAUUAUACACCAACAAAUAAUAAUUACCAAGCAAAUAAUUAUCAAGAUUAUGGAUCCAGUGAUAUAUCACCUACCAGUGAAUAUGGUAUUGGUUCAAUUGGUACUGGAGUUAUAUCUGGUUCUAAGCAUAGUCAUACUCAUUUAAAUAUUCAUGGUAAAAUGACUGGUGUUGGACAUCAAGAUUAUGGUGUACAUUAUUUAUCAUUGACUAAAUUCCGUAAAGGUGGUGGCUAUGAUAUCUAUGGAAAAAAACGACAGUUUUUAGAUUAUGAUACAACAGGACAUGUGAAAAAAUAUGGUAAUCAACAUGUGAAAGCGAAAUUUGAAGUUGUUGGUAAAUUGCAUGGACAAUCAACAUUCAAGGAUAAAUCAAGUUUCAAACCAAGCGGUGAUAAUUAUGGUGGGAACGGAAACGGUGGUCAACCCUACUGAAAACUAAAACAAUAAAACAUACUAGUGAAUAAGGAACAGGAUCAUUAUUAUUAAUAAUAAAAUAAAUAUAUUUAUUAUCAUUAAAAA